AUGUUUUGCUCAUGUACGGCGUAUAAUGAAUUAGGAGGAUUACGUGAAGCGCCGUCAAAGUUGAAUGGAUUUUUGCAACCGGAAGGAGGGACUGCCGUUAUCACCGGUUCCACAACGAUUGAUACAAUCGAGAUUAUCAACUACGCGCGGUUACGAGCCAGAAGCCUUCAGUGCUACUUCCAAUUCUACGAAGAUGAGGAACUGCAUCAGAUGGGUCUUCUAUCUAAAGGUGUCAGUGCAAAUCCAUAUAUGCAACGGCUCAUGAGCAGAUAA